AUGGUCAGCAACUUCCGCAGCUACAUCUGGGACCCGGUCCUCAUUGUGUGUCAGAUUGUGCUGAUGCAGUGCAUCUACUAUGGCUUCUUGGGCCUGUGGUUGGCUGGAGUAGACAGCCUCGUACACAGCAGUCGUUCACUUGAUCAGAUCUUCAGUUAUGAAGUCCUUGGUUUUGCAACUAUGCAGGGCAGGCUCUCAAUGAUGGCGUUCAUCUUGAACUCUCUGACCUGCGCUCUGGGUCUGUGGUUCUUCAUCCGGCGGGGGAAACAGUGCCUGGACUUCACAGUCACUGUGCAUUUCUUUCACAUGAUCGGCUGCUGGAUCUAUAACGCUCACCUUCCUUCUGCCCUGUCCUGGUGGCUUGUGAACAUCGCCUGCAUGGCUCUGAUGGCUGUCAUUGGAGAGUACUUGUGCAUGAGGACUGAGCUCAGGGCCAUUCCAGUCAACACCGGACCCAAAUCUAACCUCUGA